UACAGGGAACAAGCCUGGCUCCUGGUUGGUUCUGAAGUCUGGUUCCCACAGAGGAGCAGGCAGGAAGGGAGGGGAUGCAGGAGGGAGGAUAAAGCAAUAAAGUGUGCUGCGUUGCCACGCACCGGGAGCCCUUGCUUGAGCUGCAACACCACGCGCCUCUGACCCAGAAGGCCCCCUCCUGGCUCGCACAGGUUCACCAGCCGCGAGCUGCUCCAGCCGUGGCGGUGGCUCUGACAGUAACUGGCUCUGGAUUCCCGGCAGUCAGAGCAAGGCGAAAGAAGCUAAUCGUCCAGGACUCGCAAACCAGGUCCUCAAUGCUUGGCACCUAUGCAAGCCACGUGCGACCCCCAGUUCUAACCUGCGUGCUGACCGGAGCAUGAUCUGUGUCCAGUCGGAGGCUGCCAAGGUAAGCAGACACCACGCUCAAACCACCAGCCUCCCCUUCCCCCUUUCUUGGGCGGCUUCUUUACCCCGGUGAAGCCCCUGCAGCGCCCUCCCUCCUACAGCCGGGAUCCACCCUUCUACCCACCCUCUCUCUUCUCCCGCGAGGUUCAAUUGUUGGCUUGGGGUGGGUCACCGCCCAGGCCGGGAUGGCAUCCCAAAGCUUGGGUACAGCAGGCUGACCGGGCCCUCCUGAGGGCCCCGGAGAGAAACAAAGAAGCCCCCAAAUGGGUUCGCAGCGCCUUCUCCGCCCCUGGGCGCCCUCCCAGUGACUAGGAGAUGCCAGGGGAGGGGGCGGAGAGACCUACGUAAUCCCCCUUCCUAGCCCACACCCACUCCUUAUGAACCAACGCUUGGGAUGGGCUUUUAGACAAUUGUAUCCCAUGGUCUCCGCUCGAACUCUCUUGUGCUUACUCAAGGGCUCCUGCAGCCGGUGGCCAGGUGCAGUCCCUUGGGUGGUGACUGGCUGGGAAGAUGCGCGGUGUGGGUGUUCCCCAGGCGACUCCCUAUCCCUGGCUGGCUGUGCCUCUCAGCUGGGCCUGGCACCUGAGUUUCAGCGGGAGCAGCUGGUCAUUUCGCCCACCCUACUGCUACCUGCACAUAGGCGGGAAGAGGGGCAGGGGUAGAGGGUAGGCAGGGGGCGCUGGAAAAACCGCAUCCGGUCCAUUUUUGGCUGGAGAUCCGACACAUUCUCCAUAGUUUACCAGGCCAUGACAAUGCAGCAAAAUCUUAGAGCUCAAACUGGCCCUCCAUCCUCCGUUCCAGGGCUUUCUGACAGCCCUGAAGCCUCGAUUUCCCAGGCACUGAACUAAUUUGGGGAGUGUGGAUGUGUGGUCUGUUCAUCUUGUGCACAGAGGCUUGGCAGGGUAACUUCUCUGCCAAAUUCAGCGCUUGGGGGUGGGGUGGGGGGAGCUGGCAGGGACACAGGCUGCAGAGAUGCCCCAGCUUGCUGUGGUUCCGGGCACAGCUAGCCUCAGUCUGCAUUGAGCUAACAGCAGAUAGCUUGCGGGGAUUUUCUUAGCUGCUGAAGAUAUUAUUUUGACGUUGCUGUAGUUUGAGGCUACUUCUUCUGGGAUCCGCAGUGGUUCGACUCUCCCUUGUUUUCCUUCUUUCUUUGAAAAGAUAACUAUGCUGUAUUCAGCAGAAGUGGAUAUAGGAAGAACAGCAUAGUUCAAACAUAAGGGGUGGCUUCUUUUUUUGGUGGAAUUUAAAAGGCGAUUUAGGAGGGUAGGUGCCCUACCUGAAAAGGCCACCCCUUAAAAGACCCCAACAGUGUUGUGCUACAAGGCUUCUCAAGCAGGUGGCCAGAUCUGCAUUUCUCAACAGUGGGACUCACUCCGGCUGUGGCUAUCACGGAAUUGAUGCGCAUACACGUGGUGGUUCAUUAUGCUGCUGCACCUGUGUAGUGUGAAGAAUCUGUACCAGAACAGGUUUUUGGGCCUGGCUGCCAUGGCGUCUCCAUCUAGAAAUUCCCAGAGCCGACGCCGAUGCAAAGAGCCCCUCCGCUACAGCUAUAACCCGGACCAGUUCCACAACAUAGACAUCAGAAAUGGCGCCCAUGAUGGCAUCACCAUUCCUCGCUCCACCAGUGACACUGACCUGGUCACUUCAGACAGCCGCUCUACACUCAUGGUCAGCAGCUCCUACUAUUCCAUAGGGCAUUCCCAGGAUUUGGUGAUCCACUGGGACAUCAAGGAAGAAGUGGAUGCUGGAGACUGGAUUGGCAUGUACCUUAUCGGAGAAGUCUCAUCUGAAAACUUUCUGGAUUAUAAGAAUCGUGGAGUCAACGGUUCUCACAGAGGCCAGAUCAUUUGGAAGAUUGACGCUAGCUCGUACUUUGUGGAGUCUGAAACGAAGAUCUGCUUCAAAUACUACCAUGGAGUGAGUGGAGCCCUUCGAGCUACAACCCCCAGUGUCACUGUCAAAAACUCAGCUGCUCCUAUUUUUAAAGGCAUUGGCUCCGAAGAAACUGUGCAAAGUCAAGGGAGUAGGAGGCUGAUCAGCUUCUCUCUCUCAGAUUUCCAGGCCAUGGGGUUGAAGAAAGGGAUGUUUUUCAACCCAGACCCUUAUCUGAAGAUUUCCAUUCAGCCUGGGAAACACAGCAUCUUUCCCGCCCUCCCUCAUCAUGGACAGGAGAGGAGAUCCACGAUCAGAGGCAACACUGUGAACCCCAUCUGGCAGGCAGAGCAUUUCAGUUUCGUGUCUUUGCCAACUGAUGUGCUGGAAAUUGAAGUGAAGGACAAGUUUGCCAAGAGCCGUCCCAUCAUCAAGCGUUUCUUGGGAAAGCUGUCAAUGCCUGUUCAGAGGCUGCUGGAGAGACACGCCAUAGGGGAUAGGGUGGUCAGCUACACACUUGGCCGCAGGCUUCCAACUGAUCAUGUGAGUGGACAGCUGCAAUUCCGAUUUGAGAUCACAUCCUCCAUCCAUGCAGAUGAUGAGGAGAUCUCUCUGAGUGCUGAGCCUGAGUCUGCAGAAAUACAGGACAGUGUCGGGAACAGUGUGGUGGAAAGCAGCAAUGGGGAACCUCCUGGAGAUGUUCCAGAAAACUCCAAGAACUUGAAUCCAGAGUUGCCAAGUGAAGCGAAUGGCGUGAACAGCUCAGGAAACCAAAACCAGGAGUAUGCCAGGCCACUUGAGGAAGCCGCAGGUACCAUGGAGGCUGGAGAUGGUGGUUCUUUCUCUGAAGAACCCGAAGGGGCUGAAGAGAUUCCAGACCCGGAGCAACGUGCCACCCAGCCCACUCUGAGUGCAGAAGAAGUAGCAGAGGAACUUCACCUGGAAGAGGAUCUGCCACCACCGCUGUUGCCAGAAGACAGUGCAGCCCCAGGUAGCCAGGUAGAAGAGGAAACAGUGCCAGAAAAUGGAGCCAGAGAGGAGGAGAUGCAAGAGAAGGGCCCAGAUGAGGAGGAGGAGGAAGAAGAGGAUGUUUCUGCCCUGGAGCAAAGAGAGCCUGGACUGCAGCUGAGGGCCUCGGUGAAAAAAAAAAGCAGACCAUGUUCCUUGCCUGUGUCUGAGCUUGAGACAGUGAUUGCAUCUGCCUGUGGAGACCCUGAGACCCCAAGGACACACUAUAUCCGCAUCCAUACCCUGCUGCACAGCAUGCCCUCGGCUCAGAGAGGGAGCACCACAGAGGAGGAGGAUGGCUUGGAGGAGGAAACAACCCUAAAGGAGUCCUCUGAAAAAGAUGGGCUCAGUGAGGUGGACACAAUAGCUGCUGACCCGCAGACCAUGGAAGAUGGCGAGAAUGAGGGGGCUACUCUAUGCAUGGCACCCUCUGACGGCUCUGGGGGCCACGUCUCCAGUUUGUCCAAAACUAUUGGUGCUGGGCAGGAUGGUGAUGUACACCCCAGCACUGGGAGUGAGAGUGACUCCAGCCCCCAGCAAGGAGCAGACCACAGUUGCGAGGGCUGUGAUGCCUCGUGCUGCAGUCCCUCGUGCUACAGCACAUCGUGCUACAGCAGCUCUUGCUACAGCAGCUCCUGCUACAGCAGCUCCUGCUACAACGGCAACAACCGGUUUGCCAGCCACACACGCUUUUCCUCUGUGGACAGCGCCAAGAUCUCCGAGAGCACCGUCUUCUCUUCGCAAGAGGAUGAGGAGGAGGAAAACAGCGCGUUCGAGUCGGUCCCUGACUCAAUGCAAAGCCCAGAGCUAGAUCCUGAGUCUACGAAUGGGGCUGGGCCUUGGCAGGAUGAACUGGCUGCCCCUGCUGGGAAUGCAGCAAGAACUGCUGAAGGUCUGGAGUCCCCCAUGGCAGGUCCCAGCAAUAGGAGAGAAGGUGAAUGUCCUAUACUCCAUAAUUCCCAGCCAAUAAGCCAGCUUCCUUCCUUGAGGCCUGAACAUCAUCACUACCCAACAAUCGAUGAGCCUCUUCCACCAAACUGGGAAGCUCGAAUUGACAGCCAUGGACGGGUCUUUUAUGUGGACCAUGUAAAUCGUACAACCACCUGGCAGCGACCAACAGUGGCACCUACCCCAGAUGGAAUGAUCAGGUCCGGGUCUGUACACCAGAUGGAGCAACUUAACAGAAGGUAUCAAAACAUUCAAAGAACCAUUGCAACAGAGAGACCUGAUGAAGAUUCUGGCAACCAAAGCUGUGAGCAAAUACCGGAUGGAGGAGGUGGAGGUGGAGGAAGUGACUCAGAAGCCGAAUCUUCCCAGUCAAGCUUAGAUCUGAGGCGAGAAGGAUCACUUUCUCCAGUCAACUCACAAAAAAUUACCUUGCUGCUACAGUCCCCAGCAGUCAAGUUCAUCACCAAUCCAGAGUUCUUCACCGUGCUGCACGCCAACUACAGUGCCUACCGGGUAUUUACAAGUAGCACUUGCUUGAAGCACAUGAUUUUGAAAGUCCGAAGAGAUGCUCGCAAUUUUGAACGCUACCAACAUAACCGGGACCUGGUGAAUUUCAUCAACAUGUUUGCAGACACAAGACUGGAACUGCCUCGGGGUUGGGAGAUCAAAACUGAUCAUCAGGGAAAGUCUUUCUUUGUGGACCACAACAGUCGAGCCACCACUUUCAUUGAUCCCCGAAUCCCUCUUCAGAAUGGCCGCCUUCCCAGUCAUCUGACCCAUCGACAGCACCUCCAGAGGCUCCGGAGUUACAGUGCUGGAGAGGCCUCAGAAGUCUCUAGAAACAGAGGAGCCUCUUUGCUGGCCAGGCCAGGACACAGCCUAAUAGCUGCUAUCCGAAGCCAACAUCAACAUGAAUCAUUGCCACUGGCAUAUAAUGACAAGAUUGUGGCAUUUCUUCGCCAGCCAAACAUUUUUGAAAUGCUACAAGAACGUCAGCCAAGCUUGGCAAGAAACCACACACUCAGGGAGAAAAUCCAUUAUAUCCGGACAGAGGGUAAUCAUGGGCUUGAGAAAUUGUCCUGUGAUGCAGAUCUAGUCAUUUUGCUGAGUCUCUUUGAAGAAGAGAUCAUGUCCUAUGUCCCCCUCCAAUCUGCCUUCCACCCUGGGUAUAGCUUCUCUCCCCGCUGUUCACCCUGUUCCUCACCCCAGAACUCCCCAGGUUUACAAAGAGCCAGCGCAAGAGCCCCUUCACCAUACCGAAGGGAUUUUGAAGCUAAGCUACGCAAUUUCUACCGAAAACUGGAAGCCAAAGGAUUUGGUCAGGGUCCGGGUAAAAUUAAGCUCAUUAUCCGCCGAGACCACUUGCUGGAGGGGACCUUCAAUCAGGUGAUGGCAUACUCCCGGAAGGAGCUCCAGAGAAACAAGCUCUACAUCACCUUUGUUGGCGAGGAGGGCCUGGACUACAGUGGCCCUUCUCGAGAAUUCUUCUUCCUUUUGUCUCAGGAGCUCUUCAACCCUUACUAUGGACUCUUUGAGUAUUCUGCAAAUGACACUUACACAGUGCAGAUCAGCCCCAUGUCUGCAUUUGUAGAAAACUAUCUUGAAUGGUUUAGAUUUAGUGGUCGUAUCCUGGGCCUGGCUCUGAUCCAUCAGUACCUCCUGGAUGCUUUCUUCACAAGGCCCUUCUACAAAGGACUCCUGAAGCUGCCCUGUGAUUUGAGUGACCUAGAAUAUUUAGACGAGGAAUUCCACCAAAGUUUGCAGUGGAUGAAGGACAAUAACAUCACAGAUAUUCUCGAUCUUACUUUCACUGUUAAUGAAGAAGUUUUUGGACAGGUAACAGAAAGAGAGUUGAAGUCUGGAGGUGCCAACACGCAGGUGACUGAGAAGAACAAGAAGGAGUACAUAGAGAGGAUGGUGAAGUGGCGGGUGGAGCGCGGUGUGGUGCAGCAGACCGAGGCAUUGGUGAGGGGCUUCUAUGAGGUAGUAGACUCGAGGCUCGUCUCAGUGUUUGAUGCUAGGGAACUGGAGCUGGUGAUUGCUGGUACUGCCGAAAUCGACCUAAAUGACUGGAGGAAUAACACUGAGUACCGAGGAGGUUAUCACGACGGCCAUCUUGUGAUCCGCUGGUUCUGGGCUGCAGUGGAGCGGUUCAAUAAUGAACAGAGAUUGAGGUUACUUCAGUUUGUGACAGGAACAUCAAGUGUGCCCUAUGAAGGCUUCGCAGCUUUGCGCGGAAGCAAUGGGCUUCGGCGGUUCUGCAUAGAGAAAUGGGGGAAAAUUACGUCUCUUCCCAGGGCACACACAUGCUUCAAUCGAUUGGAUCUCCCACCAUAUCCUUCAUACUCCAUGUUGUAUGAAAAGCUGUUAACGGCAGUAGAGGAAACCAGCACCUUUGGACUUGAGUGAGGAAGUGGAACUUUGCCUGACACUGUCCUGAACAGUGACGCCACCCUUUCUGGGAUGACUUCCUCUCCCUCCUUUGACUUUGGUAUUCCAUGAUUUUUAUUUCAAAGCAAAUUAGAAUUGGCAAAAGCUGUGCAUGAAGAAUUGCCUUCUUCUAAGAUCUAAUCUUCAGGCUUAUCUCCUCUGUUUCCAAUGAACUGCUAGCCUGUAUGCAAUACUACAAAACAGCUGUCUCAAGGUCUGUGCAUACCUCCACAUACCUCCAUUCCUAACAGUGAAAUACGAGUGCAAGUUAUGCUACACUUGACGAAAUGGUAAUAAAUGUUUACUUCCAUUUCUAUCAUUUAAGGAUAAUUUGAGCUGUAAGCAUUCCAUGCUUUUAUAUGCCCAUAACUUCCAAGCAGAACCACCAUUUUUCAUAAUUUCUAACAACCAUUUCCAGACCUAGGAGCUGACUGAUUUUUUUCCUCUCUAUCUCUGCAUUUCCUAUGCAUUCUGUCCACUUAAUGGACAGCCAAGGCCACACAGAUUUUUUUUCUUCAUUCAACACAUGAUUCAUAUGUGGCAUCAAUCCCAUCAUCCAGAACUAGCCUAGAUAUAUGGUGCAAAUAAGGAACUUCCAGCAAUUAACAGCAGCAAGAAAAUAAAGGUUAUCAGUAAGUCCAAUGGUUAUAACUAUGAACUCAACUUGAGAAAAGCAUGGUGGGGGAAGCGCUCUAGUGAACACUCACCACAUGAGAAGCACAAACUUGUGCACCAUGUUGAAGGAGGAAAUCUUAAUUGCUGUGGACUGAAGGAUGACCCUUUAACUCCAAUCUUGUUACACAGAAAGUGAUAAGGCAAACAGGAAAAAGAACAGGACAUAUGACAUUUAUUUAAAUACAUGAAUUUUGUUUAAUCUAUUCUCACAUACAUAGUCCAAAUAGAUCUCAUGGCUUUUGUUUGAAGCCAGGUUUCUUGACUUGACAGGUAAACCUUUUGUUUCUUUUUUACCUUUGGUACAUUCCUCAUUCUUUUUUCUUUCCUUUUUUUUUAAUCAUGGUGUUCACAUCCUGUCACAUCUGAUGUCCACAGAAACACAUAAGGAGCUGCGGAGAGUGACGGUGCUUGUUAGGGACCCUGGGCAAUAUGAGCUUCUCCUUAGUCCACAGCAAUUCUUCGAAGACACACUGACUUGUGUCCAAAAAAACCAUUUUUUUUAGCAUUUAGUGAAAUAUCUAAGAAAAUGUGUUUUUAGGAAAACAAUUUCAGGCUCCACAAACAGCCUGACCUCUUGAUUACAUUUGAGAUAAACCUAACCAUAAUGGUCAUUUGCUAUUUUUGUAACCAUGUUCUCCAUGUUGUCUGAAAUAUGACACAAAUGAAAGUGUUUUUCUUCACUGGGAAAAAGAAAAGCUAAAGAGACUCUACUACUUAAAGAUCCAUUGUUGUAGUCAGCACAUUCAAA